GCUACUGCUCUUUCCAUUUCUUUGCAAAACUAUGGCCUCUUCCGCUGUUGAAGGAGACAAGUAUCGCUCUUUUAUCUAUGGAGAAGGUGAGAAGAACACCCAAUGGAGGUUUGGUGCUCCUCCCAACUAUGACGUUGUGAACAAGCUCUUUGAAGAAGGUCGAACUCAGGAAUGGCCGGUGGGAUCCAUCGAAGAAAAAGUGCAGCGGCUGGUGAAGACAUGGGAAAUGGAGUUGGUCCACAAGAUACGGCCUCAAGACUACAAAAGCGUCAACCCCGAAAAGUUUCUUUUCAUCGUAAAUGGAAGAAAACCAAUAACACUGCAAGACAUCCGCCAAAUAGGAGGAAGCUACAAUGCCUUCUUGCAAACCAGCUUGCCUGAAGAUCUCCGGAUCUACGACCCAGCACAAGAGACCGCGGAGACAUCGCAGCAGGCCUUCACAACGGCAUUUCCUCGUGGGUUCGCCUUGGAAGUACUCCAAGUCUACAGUGGCCCCCCGACGAUCGCGUACGAGUUCCGGCACUGGGGUUACAUGGAGGGACCCUUCAAAGGGCAUGCCCCAACUGGGGAGAGGGUAGAAUUCUUGGGAAUGGCCAUUUUCCACGUUGAUGAAGAGAUGAAGGUUGAGAAGGUGGAGUUCUUUUACGAGCGUGGCGACUUUCUCGCUGCCUUCCUCAAAGGUGCACCAACGGACGGCGCGUCGGGAACUUCUUCCCGUUGCCCUUUCAUGGCAAAUAAAUAAAUUGGCACUGUUACCAAAAAUAAAUAAAUAAAUUGGCACAGUGGAAAAAGAAAAAUAAAAACAGAAUAAAAUAGCAAGCCCAAACCAGAUAUCUUGGACCACAUAUUUCUUUUCCUUGCUUGCUUGUACCACCAUCUGGAAGUGUCGUAAGCGGUGAGGUCACCCACCCCACCGCAACCAUAUAAAGCGCGUCCGUGUUGCGCUAAGCUGCGUGUUGUUGUGGCUGUGGUUGUUGAUAUUUUUUUUUUUUUGGUAGAAAAAUUGGAAAGGUUGUAUGGAGUGAUCUAAAUAUCCAAGUUUGUAUUUCGUCCGCAUACUAAUCCUAGUACUAGACAAGCGCAGUGAACAGUCUAAUCUGUGAUGCAACUUGUCCAUGCUCAAUAAAAAAAACAGGCUGGGCCAUAUUUUUCUUA